AUGUCCCUUGGCGCUGGUCCGGCCCCGCGGAGCGUCCUCGACGUCCCGUCUGCCGCGUCUCGGUGGGGUGUCAGUUCUCGUGAGGCCCGUGGGAAGAUCCCAUCACGGGAUCCUGAAGGGCGCGCGCCGCCGUUGGCGUCGCGGCUGGCGGCGAGGGCCCGCGGCCCGCCCGCUCGGCCCGGGCCUCCGCCCAAGGGAGACGGCGUGGCAUGCCUGGGGACGGUUCGCAGAGGGGGCGCCGCACCGCGCCACCGCACCGCGCCACCGCACCGCACCGCGCAGCACCGCGCCACUGCACCACCGCGCCACCGCACCACCGCACCGCACAGCACCGCGCCACCACACCACCGCACCGCACAGCACCGCGCCACCGCACCACCGCGCCGCACAGCACCGCGCCACCGCGCCACCACACCACCGCGCCGCACAGCACUGCGCCACCGCACCGCACAGCACCGCACCACCGCACCACCGCGCCGCACAGCACCGCGCCACCGCACAGCACCGCACAGCACCGCGCCACCGCACCACCGCACCGCACAGCACCGCGCCACCGCACCACCGCACCGCACAGCACCGCGCCACCGCACCACCGCACCGCACAGCACCGCGCCACCGCACCACCGCGCCACCGCACCGCACAGGACCGCGCCACCGCACCGCACAGGACCGCGCCACCGCACCGCGCCACCGCACCACACCGCACCACCGCACCGCACCGCGCCACCGCACCGCACCGCACCGCACCACCGCACCACACCACCGCGCCACCGCACCGCACCACCGCACCGCACCGCGCCACCGCACCGCACCGCGCCACCGCACCGCACCGCGCCACCGCACCGCACCACCGCACCGCACCGCACCACCCACCGCGCCACCACACCGCGCCACCGCGCCGCACCACCGCGCCACCGCGCCGCGCCACCGCACCGCACCACCGCGCCACCGCACCGCGGCCGGUCAGAAAAGGAGUCAGUGCGUCUCCCCCACUGCCACCCUCCGCCCCGGCGCGGACCCUCUGCCCACCUCGCCCCGACGCGGCCCCUCUGCCCACCUCGCCCCGGCGCGGCCCCUCUGCCCACCUCGCCCCGGCGCGGCCCCUCUGCCCACCUCGCCCCGGCGCGGCCCCUCUGCCCACCUCGCGCUGGCAUCUCCUCUGCCCACCUCGCGCUGGCAUCUCCCCUGCCCACCUCGCCCCGGCGUCUCCCCUGCCCACCUCGCCCCGGCAUCUCCUCUGCCCACCUCGCGCUGGCGUCUCUGCCCACCUCGCCCCGGCGUCUCCCCUGCCCACCUCGCCCUGGCAUCUCCUCUGCCCACCUCGCCCUGGCAUCUCCUCUGCCCACCUCGCGCUGGCGUCUCCUCUGCCCACCUCGCCCUGGCAUCUCCUCUGCCCACCUCGCCCCGGCGCAGCCCCUCUGCCCACCUCGCCCCGGCGCGGCCCCUCUGCCCACCUUGCCCCGGCACGGCCCCUCUGCCCACCUCGCCCUGGCAUCUCCUCUGCCCACCUCGCGCUGGCGUCUCCUCUGCCCACCUCGCGCUGGCGAGAUCUCCUCUGCCCACCUCGCACUGGCAUCUCCUCUCUGCCGUCGUGAGGAGACACCUUAG